GUUGCAGUAAAAAAACUUCAAGAUGAGCUCUAUCCUGUAAAAGAGGAACUUGAUUUAAAGAUUGAUGAACUGCGUAUCAAAGACAAAGAGCUUAUCACAGCUCGCAACGAAGCAAUAAAAUUAGAACAGAUGUUAAAUGAAGUUCGCGCUAGCUCUAACACUGAAGAAAGUCGUCUACGCGAAGAAAUGACCAAACAAGAAAAAUUAUUAGAAGAAGCACAAAAUAAAUAUAAUCGAGAAGUGCUUGUUCAUGCUGAAGAUGCUCAGUCUAUACUUGCUCUGAAUUCAAGACAUGCACAGUUGAAAUCAGAAUUUGACCAAUUGAAGAUUCAAUUACAAAGGUCAGAGGAGUCUUGGAGUAAUGAAAAGGACAAACUCGAAAAAGAAUUGGAGAAGACUCUUCAACGAUGUAAAGAACUUGAAGAAAGCAAUAAAGUACUUCAUGACUACUUUGACACUGAUUCUGGAAAGACAGUAUCCCAAGAUCAAAUAAUUUCACUUUUGCGUAUGGAAAAAGAAAAGGCAGAAACACAGAGAGAGGCGCUAGCACAGCAGGCUGAAAGAUAUAAGUCACAAUACGAACAUACUCAAAAAUCAUUGGAUGAUGUACGAGCGUUACUCCUGCAGGAACGUGAACAAGCAGAAAAAGCAGGUCCUUUGGAGAAGUUCCAAGCUGAACUUUCCGAAAAAAAUAUUCAAUUAAAACUCCUUGAGGAAAGCAACCAAACACUGAGAGCCAUUAGUGAGCGACUAGAAAAACAAGUUGCUACGUAUCAAUCUUCUCUGAAAGAAGCAGAGGAAAAAGUACAAACAUUAGACGUGCAAAUUAAAAGUUUACAACUUGACCGAGAUAGUUCUGCUCAAGAAGCUAAUAUUCUUAAAGAGGAUAAUGAGCGAUGGAAAAAUAGAUUCCACACAGUUCUACAGAAAUAUGGAAUUAGUGAUCCUACUGAAUUGCAAAAUUUGAAGGAUAAUUUGAAGUCUACCACAGAAGAACGCGAUAAACUUAAGGCCGACAACGGUAAAUUGAGAAAUGAUUAUAUUUUAUCAAGGAAACAGGCUAUAAAAAUCAAGAAUAAACUUGAUCAAACUGAGAAGGAAAAAGUUACGUUAACGCAAGAAAACGCAAAAAUUGAAAAAGAUAAAGCAACACUUAAUCAAGAGCUUACGAAAGAAAAGACCAAUCAUGAGAAUCUUCGGAAAAGAUUGAGCGGCAUGCAAAAAAGUUUUAAAGCUGCAGCACAAGCUGAACAAAUGAAAAAAGAACUAGAGGAAUUGAAGCAAAAACAUCAAGAUGUUACUAAAGAAUUAGAGGAGAUGAAACAACAAAGUUUGGAACUUACAAAACAACUGGAAGGACUAAAGAAAGAAUUACAAGAGGAGAAAGAGAAAACUUCGGACUAUCUUCGAUACAAAGCGCAAGAAUCUAUGUUUUCUAGUAAAAUUAAAAAGUUGGAGGCAGAAAAGGCAGAGCUUAAAAGUCAGAUCAACCAGUUUCAACAGCAAAUAACAGCCCAAACAAACAUUCCAAAAUCAGAAAGUGUACCGAAUACGGCAGAAAUAACGCCUUCUACACCGCCCUCUACUUUGCCUCAAAUUAACAUAACAAAAUCUCCUAUCCCAACACAACCAACGAUGUCAACAGCUUUAACGAUUAUUCCUCCACCAAUAAAUAUUCCAACUAAUGUUACCGAAACUCGGGAAGUUUCACAGCCAUCUAAUAAUGCAAAUGAUGGAACGAUAGUUGUUGCUACGUCACCAACUUCAAAACAAGUUUCUAUAAUUCCUCCUUCCUUACCCGCUGUUACACCGAAUGUACCUGCUAUAAUUCCUCCUUCCUCACCCGCUGUUACACCAAAUGUACCAGCCAUAAUUACUCCUUCCUCACCCGCUGUUACAUCGAAUGUACCGAAGGAGAAGCCACCAGUCAAAUUGCAACGAAAUCGUGUCGCAUUACCACAUUCGCCGAAAAUAACACCCGUUCAAGUUGUAAUAUCAACACCGCCACCUAUAGAGGAACAGCAACAAGUUGCACGCACAUUAGUUACUUCUGAAUCUCAGUCGAGUGAAAUUUCUGUAGUCGAACCUGUCGAAACGGUGCAACCGACUUCUACGGAGGUUGUUAAUAUUCCUACUGAAAUAGUUGGACGUAAACGUUCUAGAGAAGAUGAUUCUGAGGAGACUACUUCAACUGGAAAUGUUGUAACUGAAAUGCAAGAUGUUCAGAUAUCUGAUAAUACUAAUACGAGUGUGGAAGUCGCGCCACAGUUACCUGUUGAUAAUAAAAACGUAGAAGGGACGGAUGCACCACAAUUGGUAGAUGAUAAUCAAGUCGAUACUGAUGAGUCAGUAAAAGAACAUCCAUCGCCUAAAAGAGUUAAAAUAGAUGAUAAUAAUUUAGAUGUUUGA